CUUAGCCAUUUCUGCCCAUCGAUCCUCUCCGAGUGCGUGGUUUGAAGGAGACCACAACGACCAACGACACGACACCCAACCCGACAAUACACUACCCAAGGUGUAUCCCCGAGCAUAGCUCAUCGCCUUGCUGGAUAUUUGCCUCGUGAACCGGUGACAGAGCACGAUGUCCACUUUCGAGCCAGUGGUCGUCAUCGACGGCAAGGGACAUCUCCUUGGUCGCCUGGCCAGCAUUGUGGCCAAGCAGUUGCUCAACGGCCAAAAGAUUGUCGUUGUGCGAUGUGAAGCCCUCAACAUCUCUGGCGAAUUCUUCCGCGCUAAGCUGAAGUACCAUGCCUACCUCCGCAAGAUCACUCGUUUCAACCCAACUCGAGGAGGUCCUUUCCAUUUCCGCGCUCCUUCCCGCAUCUUCUAUAAGGCUGUCCGGGGUAUGAUUCCUCACAAGAGCGCUCGUGGCGCCGCUGCCAUGGAGAGACUGAAGGUCUUCGAGGGCGUCCCACCACCAUAUGACAAGAAGAAGCGAGUUGUCGUUCCCCAAGCUCUCCGAAUCCUCAGACUGAAGCCCGGUCGCAAAUACUGCACCGUUGGACGGUUGAGCCAUGAGGUUGGCUGGAAGUACCAGGAUGUUGUUGCAAGACUCGAGGAGAGGAGAAAGGUCAAGGGAUCCGCAUAUUACGAGCGCAAGAAGGCUGCGCGGAGACAACUUGUUCAAGCCCAGAAGACUGCCAAUGUGGAUCAAAAGACAAAGGCCCAGUUGGCGGAGUAUGGUUAUUAGAUUUCUGGGUGAGGGGAAUGAUGUUUGGCUUUAGGUUCUUUGAUGGUAGAGCUGGUUGCAAUGUGAACGGCAAACGCAAACCAAUCGGCCUGUACCUAUAAUAUCACGAAAUACACCUUUAAUGAAUCAAGGGCAAAGUGAUUGAAAAGGGAACAGGGGAUAAAAAAGGCAAAAAUAUUGAAUAUUUUUUUAAACCGGGUGCUAUUGGGACGAUGCCUUUGUUCAUAUUACUUCAUAAGCCUGUCUCUCUAAAAUCUUCCAUGGCGCUUAAUCCAAAUGGUUUCUUGUUCAAUAAAUUCCCAAGGCAUAUCAUGAUUCAUGUGUAUGGGUCUCUUCCAUUAAGCGUUCUUCAGCGGUCAUAAUUACAUUAUCCACAUUGUGAUUUGUGCUUGUGCCUGAACGAGCGAUCUAUGGGUACCGAAGUACGGGAACCUAAAUAAGCCAUCAGGGCUAGCACAACGGCGGGUAGAUUUUGUGGGGCAACAUGUUGCGUUUCG